GAAGGUUCUGAGCGACGGACGUUUAAGGCACCGUUCCUUACAGCCUGAUCGCACACUGCCUUCCGAUUGACCUCCUGUGGCGGUGGCUGUGACCAGACGUCUGACAACGAAUAAUAAUGCGCCACGUUGUCGUGCGUCAGCCCAUUUUACUGGAGCGGCAGGUUUACACUAAUAGCGCGGGCGGCCUCCUAACGUCAAAAACAUAUACUUGCGCUUGUUGGCACACCUGCCGCCUUGUUCUCCAUCCAUCGCCGCUGAUUAUGUCGUUGAGCAUUCUUCUCCCGCAGCUACUCUUGCCCCGCAGGAACGUCGAGUUGGGGCGGUUCACCGCCAGCGUCGAGCAACCGCACCAGAAUUAUCACGACCCAGGAUACGGCAAAUCCCCUGAGGCCGUUGUGUCUGCCCGUCACUCCUUCGCGGGAUUCAGUGAACAGGGCACCACCUCUAGCUUCGCAUCGGCGCUCACUUCUCUCAUGUCUGCGGGUUUCUCGAGGCGUGCCAAGACGAGGCUUCGAGUCGACGCAGACGCCGUGAGAACGUACACGCUCGACAACUCCGAAGAGUGGUUCAACGAGGCGGCGAGCCUGGUGGCCACAAGGAGAUGGAUUGAGCGGACUGUUGACAAAGGCUACGACAUCUACAUGAUAACGGCAUUUCACACGGUCACGAACUCCCGCAUUGCACAAGAACAAACCUGCGACAGUGGCACCGACGGCCAGAUCAGCAUUCCUAUAAGCCUAUCGCUCGCAUCAGUGGGAGCCCUCGUACCCCUCAGCGAUAUCCUCGACCCUGCCAUCGGCGGCACCAGCAGUGGCUUUACCAAUGUGCGGACGUGCUUUGAGGCGCCUGGGGAGCAAGUCUGCGCAUUCCAGUACCGUAAGGUCCGGUAUCGAUGGCUUUCGAGUAACAACAUCGACAAGUGGCGGCUCUCAAAGUCGCCUCGCUGGUCGUGCUUGGAGAGAGGGAGGGACGAGGAAGACGGAGAAGACGAUAUUAUCGAGGUGGACACGGGGGAGCUCGAGCAGCUGGAUGGGGAAUGGGAGAGGAGAGAAGCAGGCGAUGAGGUGUUGCUGGCGCGGGUGGAUAAUGAAAGCGCGAUGCAAGGUGGAAGUGUCGCUGCUCCCGCCUGAGGUACGGCGAGGCCGCCGCAAUAUGCCUCGACGCAUCGACGACAAUUGGGCUCCGGACGCUAUGGACGUCCGCGACGCGUGCCGGGACACCAUAUCAC